AUGGAUGAUGAAAAGAAUGAUAGAAGAGAUGAUUCUAGGAGUCGAUUGUGAGUUUAUUUUCGGUUGUUUUGGAGUUUUCUGGCUUUACCUACAGUAACCAUAGACAUGAAAUGAAUUCCAAAAUGACGGAGAAAAAAACGUAUUCUAUUUCUUCAUGGCCUUAAGUUUUUUUUUAGUAAAUUCGAUGUUACUUGGAUAAUCGUUCUUGUUCAAUUCAUCGUCAUAUUAUUUUUGAUAAUUGCACUUUUUGCUUAUAUACUUUCUCGACCAAUUGAAUUUCAAACAACAAAUUCAAAAACAGUGAAAAAUCAUGAACUUCGAACACUUCCUGAUUUUACAACAAUAACAUUUCGGAGGAGAUUCAAAACAAGCACAUCAACAGCAGCAACAACUACAAGUUCGGCAAAAGUUGAUUUUAGUGAGGAUGUCAAUCCACAAUCGGGUACGUUGAUUUUCAAAUUAUUCGAUCUACAAAAACUGAAUUUCCAGAAUCAUCUGAAAAUCUUGACAGUUUUCAUGCGGCAGUUCUUUCGGAAUCAAAUAUUUGCUCAGAGAUUGGAAGAUCAAUUCUAGUUCGAGGUGGAAAUGCAAUCGAUUCUGCUAUCUCAACUAGUUUUUGUUUGAUGAUGGCAUUUCCAAACAAAGCAAGUCUUGGCGGUGGAAUGUUGUUAUUAGUUAAAGAAUCAAAUGGAACUAUGAAAACAAUUAUGGCAAGAGAAACUGCACCAAUGAAUACUGAUGUUAAUGAACUUAAAAAAUCACCACAAUUAUCGAUUUCUGGUGAAAAAUCGAUUGGGGUUCCUGGAAUGCUUAAUGGAUUAUUUAGAGCGUAUGAGAAGUUUUCAAGUGGAAGAUUAUCGUGGAAACAACUCAUUAUUCCAGUGUUACAACAAUGUGUUAAAGUAAGUGAAAAUCUAUAACUUGAGAUGUUUUCUGGAAAACAUGGCUCGAAUUUUUUAGUUUCCGUGUACUUUACACAAAUUCCAUGCAAUACUGAGCUGAUUAAUCAUCAAUGUUCACAUGCGAAAUUCUCACGAUCAAACAAAUGAUUCAAUUUUUGCAGGGUUUCGAGUAUAAUCAAUCUAUCAAAAACGAAGUAAAAAUGUUGGCAAAGAACAAUCCAAAUGCAACAAAUAUUCUUGAUUGUAGCACACUUGCGAUGACUCUUUCUGAUUUAAUCGAUUAUGAAAAUCCAUUUGAUAGUGUUCUGUAUGAGAAAAUGUCUCAAUAUGGUUAUCUCAGUCCUGCAGAUUUUGAAGAUUAUGAAAGUGAUUUGAAUAAUGCAAGAUGUACAACAAUUGAUAAUGAUAUAAAAGUUUGCGGACCCGGACCGCCAUCUUUGUUCUCAGUUUUAGUCAAUUCUUAUUCAUUAACAAAAAGUUAGUUUUUUCCGUCUUUAAAAUAUAUUACAAAUUUUUUUUGAACUUCAGAUAUGUCUAACAUUGAGAAAGUCAACGAAGUUGUUAAGUCCAACAUUAAUUCUGCUUAUAAAAUUGCUGAUCCAAUUUUCUAUCAACUCUCACGAAAAUUUGCUGAUGAUUUGAUGAGAAGUUCUAAAAAAUCGGAAUAUCAAAAAGAUUUGAAUGUGAGUUGUGAUGUUGUUCGAAUUUCUAGAUAUAGAACAUUUUUCAGGUGAAUUUUCGGGAAGAUGGCUCAACAAUGAUAACAGUUAUAGAUGAAAAUAACAUGACUGUUAGUCUCAUUUUGUCGCUUGGAGAUAAUUUUGGAAGUGAAGUGUUGACAAGUUCUGGAUUUUUCAUGAAUAAUAAACUGCGAUAUUUCGACUUGAAAAGUGAAAAUCAACCUCUCUCUCUACAACCUGGAAAAGUACCAACAACAAUGAUAUCCCCUUUCAUAGUUCUCAAAAAUGAGCAAGUUCUAGCAAUUAGCGGAGGAUCAGAUAUUAUUAGUAUGGUACAUCUUUUACGUGAUUUAACGCAUCGGAACUACGAUGCUUCAAUAGCAACACCAGCUUUAUAUUUAUCAAACUCUGCAAUUUUAUUAAAGUCACAUCCAAACAAUCAGUACUCAAUCACAGGUUAUUAA